AUGUCAUCACCACCAUCCUGUCACAUCCUAGUAAUCGGCACCGGCAACGCAGGCCUCAGCGCCGCCCUAACCGCCAAAGAAACCAACCCGAGUGCCCAAGUAACCGUAAUCGACAAAUGCCCCGCAACCUGGGCCGGCGGCAACACCUACUUCACAGCAGGUGCCUUCCGUGCCACACACGCAGGCCUCGCCGACCUCCUCCCGCUCGUGAACAACACCAGCGCCGAAGAUGCCGCGCGCAUCGAUCUUGCACCGUACUCGGCCGCGGACUUUGCGCACGACCUGCACCGCAUGACGGGCGGACGCGCGGACCCGCAGCUGGCAGAUACACUGGUGCGCGGCUCGCGUGGAGCAGUGGGCUGGCUUGCACGCCGCGGCGUGCGCUUUCAGCUGUCGUUUAAUCGGCAGGCGUAUGAGGUUGGCGGGCGGGUGAAGUUUUGGGGUGGGCUUGCGCUGAAGACGGAGGAUGGGGGCAAGGGGCUGGUCCAGGAUUUGAUGGGUGCGGCGCGGAAAUCUGGCGUGCGGGUUAUUUUUGAUACUGCUGUUACUGGGUUCCAUGUUGAUCCACACUCGGGGAGUGUGGUUGGUGUGGAUGUUGUUUGUGCUGGAACCAGCACUGGAACUCAGAGCAUCGCUGUAGAGCAGCAUACAAGAACCAUCCUCGCUAAGGCAGUCAUCCUCGCAGCCGGCGGCUUCGAAGCCAACCCACAGCUACGCGCCCAGUACCUAGGCCCCGGAUGGGACGCAGCCCGGGUACGCGGGACACCGUACAACACCGGCGAAGUGCUCCAAAUCGCGCAACGCGACUGCAACGCCAAAGCAGCAGGCAACUGGUCCGGCUGCCACAGCGUAGCCUGGGACGCCGACGCCUCGCCACACACCGGCAACCGCGCGAUCUCAAACGAGUUCACCAAGUCCGGGUAUCCGCUCGGGGUGAUGGUCAACCGCGACGGGGUGCGGUUCGUCGACGAGGGCGCCGACCUGCGCAACUACACGUACGCGAUGAUCGGGCGCCGCAUCCUGCAGCAGCCGGCGCAGCUGGCGUUCCAGGUGUGGGAUGCGCGCGUUACGCCGUGGUUGCGGGCUGAGGAGUAUCGGCCUGAGGUGGUGCGUCAUCUUACUGGGGGGACGUUGGCGGAGUUAGCGGAUCGGUGUGUUGAGGUGGGGUUGGUUGGUAAGGAGCGGUUUUUGGCGACCAUGGAGGAAUAUAACCGGGCUGUUCUUGCUCAUAACGAUGGUGGUGAUGGUGAUGACCGUCUGCGCCGCUGGGACCCUGCAGUGAAAGACGGACUAGCAACCACCGGUCUGGAUAUCCCCAAGUCCAACUGGGCACUGCCUAUCGACCCCGGCAUCACCUUUACGUUCGGGGGUCUGGCGGUGGACCCCGAGACGGCCGCUGUGAUUUCGCAGUCGACGCAGGCUAUCAUUCCUGGGUUAUAUUGCGCAGGCGAGAUGCUCGGCGGCAUCUUCCACGACAAUUACCCCGGUGGCAGUGGACUGACGUCUGGGACGGUGUUUGGGCGGCGGGCUGGACGGGCUGCGGCGGAGAGGAUUGCUACGCAGCAGGCUGGAAGUGAGAAUAUGUCGAAAUUAUAG